UAGUAUGUUACCAACAAAUUUGUUGCCAACGAUUCUUCGAAAUGUUAAGCCUUCUAUGAUGACAAAAUUGGUUUCUUCAACUUUAAAUUCUUUCCAAAAAUCUUCUCUUCAAGCUUUUUCUACCUCGGCAAUUCGUUUUGAGGCAGAUAAACGUCCUUUGGGACCUGGAAAUGCUGUGCCGAAAUUUUUGGGAAAAGCGGUUGUUAAUAGAGAAAUUAAGACUAUUGCUUAUGACGAUAAAUCUGCGGAUAUUAAUUAUGCUGGCAAAUGGCUGAUAUUUUUCUUUUAUCCGCUAGAUUUUACUUUUGUCUGUCCAACGGAGAUUAUUGCCUUCAGUGAGAGAUGUGAAGAAUUUCAAGAUUUGGGGGCUGAAUUAAUUGCUUGUUCUUGUGAUUCUCAUUUUUCUCAUUUGGCUUGGGUAAAUACUAAACGUGAAAAUGGAGGGCUUGGAAAGAUGGAAAUACCUAUACUUAGCGAUUAUAACAAACAAAUUGCUACUGAUUUUGGUGUUUUGGACAAAUCUACAGGAAUUCCUUAUCGUGGACUCUUUAUAAUUGACCAAAAAGGAUUAAUUCGUCAUACUCUUGUUAAUGAUUUACCAAUUGGUCGAAGUGUUGAUGAAGCUUAUCGAGUUUUAAGUGCUCUUAAAUAUUUUGAAGCACACGGAGAAGUCUGCCCCGCAGAUUGGGAGGAAGGAGAUGACACAAUUGAUCUUAAAUCACCAAAAGAUUAUUUCAAGGAACAUGCAAGAGAUUAUUACCAUGCCGAAGAUGAAGAAAAAUGA